GGUUUUACUGUACUUUAAUAAGAAAAUAUUAUUUAAUAUUAAAGGGUGAAUGAGAUGCAUGCACACUGAUUAUUUUUAUUUAUUGGGGUGGUAGGAUUUAAAAGAUAGCACUAUUGAGCAUUUAUAGUACAGAUCUAUGUAGGAGACCGUUGUGCUGUAAUCGAGCAUCUAAAUAUAAAUUAUCAGUAGAAAAUAACUGAGUGCAUUCUACCAGGCACUUACCCUGUCCUGCUCGAUAUCAUAGAGCUGCUGUGAUAAGACGGUCCAGCACCAUAUAGGGGUCGGGCGCUUGAUAAGCCCAACUAACCAGACAUCAGUCAUUACUAAGCCCAUUGUUACAGCCUGCCGCACAGCACUGCACCUCCAUCCCGCUUCUGUAUCAUACAGAUACCUAUAUUCAGGACUUAAUCUUUAGAGAUGAAAAUCCCAAUUAUUAUCGACUCGGGGGCAGAUGACAGCGAUGGCGAGGAAAGGUUCUUCCCUAAGCCUGUCCUGGAAGACAGAAAUGUUGAAUUUGCUAAGAAAUGCAGCGAUUUAAUCAGUGACAUAAGUUAUAAAGAGCAAUAUAAAAAAUCCAAGGGCAGGAAUGAGUUUGUCCCUGACACAGCAAAACUGAAAGCUGUAACAGACUUCAUGUCAGAGGCAAAAUACAAAGAAGCUGGAAAGAAAGGAUUGUCCAACCCUCUGUACAAGCAGAUGCCAGCAACAUUGGACAGCGUCUUCGCAAAACAAGUAUCCCAGCUCCAGAGCGAGGUUCUAUACAAGCAGAAACAUGAUGCAGAAAAGGGGAAAUCAAAUUAUGCGCAAAUGCUUGAGCCUCCUGAUUUGAAGCAUGCAAAAGAAGUAAACAAACACCAGAGCAAUGUAUCCUACAAAAAAGAUGUUCAAGAUACACACAAAUACACAGAAGUGGUGAACAGACUAGACAUUCAGAAGGCUACAGAGAAUUCAAAGAUCAUCAGCAAUGCUGAUUAUAAGAAGGGCAGAGGGGAUCUGACCAAGAAGUCUAUGGUUUUAGGAAGACCUGAUUUUGAACAUGCAAAGGAAGUGUCAAAGAUCACCAGCCAGGUUAAAUACAAAGAAAAAUUUGAUAAAGAAAUGAAGAGUAAAAAGUCUUGUUAUAACCCAUCAGACAGUGCUACAUUCAAGCAGGCUCAGGCUGCUACAGCACUGGCUAGUGAUGUGAAAUAUAAGGACAAGCAGAGCUUAUAUGACCCUUCAGUAGACAUCCCAAACCUUCUUCAUUUGGAACACACCCUGAAGACCAGCAAGAUGCAGAGCAAUGCCACCUACAAGAAACAGUUUGAAGAAAACAAGGGAAACUACCAUUUCGGUUUAGGUACAGCAGAGCAAAUUCAUCAUAAAGAAAAUGCUGUACUCCAGAGCCAGGUAAAAUAUAAGGAGAAGUAUGAAAAAUCAAAGGGUAAAUCCAUGCUGGAGUUUGUUGACACCCCAUCAUACUACGUCUCCAAGGAGGCUCAGAAAAUGCAAAGUGAGAAAUUAUAUCGGAAAGACUUUGAGGAAGGGAAAGGAAAAGCGUCAGUGGACCUGGACCUUACACCCAGCUUCCUGCAUGCAAAACAUGCGACUAGCCUGCUCAGUGAGAAAGAAUACAGGAAAGAUCUAGAAGAAGGUGUCAAAGGAAAGGGACUGACUGGUCUGGAAGACACUCCUGAUUCGAUAAGAGUUAAAAAUGCAGCACACAUACUAAAUGAGAAAGAAUACCGUAAGGAUCUGGAAAAUGACAUUAAAGGAAAAGGUAUGGAGUUGAGUGCAGACAUCCCUGAUAUGAUCCGAGCAAAGAGGGCAUCUGAAAUUCUUAGUCAAAAAGAAUACAAGAAAGAGUAUGAAACAGAGAUAAGAGGGAAGGGAAUGCAAGUAGAUGCUGACUUGCCGGAGAUACAGCAUGCAAAGAAAGUCACAGAAUUUAUGAGCCAGAAAGGGUAUAAAAAGGAUCUGGAAACUGAGAUAAAAGGGAAGGGGAUGCAGGUGGGCCCAGAUUUUCCUGAUCUACAAAGAGCCAAAAGAGCAUCUGAGAUUGCAAGUCAGAAAAAAUACAAGGAUGAAGCAGAGAAGAUGAUGUCUAUGUAUUCUUUAGGGACUGAUACUCCUGAGAUGGAAAGAGUAAAGAAUGCACAGAAAUCCAUAAGUGCUGUAUUCUACAGAAAAGGAUUGGGAGCUGGCACAGCUGUGAGAGAGACGCCAGAGAUGGAAAGAGCGAAGAUCACUCAGAAAAAUAUUAGUGCAGUGAAUUAUAAAGAUGAAAUUGGACCUGCUACAGCCAUAUCUGACCUACCAGAAAUCCAGAGAGUAAAGGAAACUCAAAAGAACAUUAGCAAUGUCCAAUAUAAAGAGCCUCUGAGAAAAGCUACACCAAUCAGCAUGACGCCAGAAAUGGAACUUGCUAAGAAGAACCAGGAGCAUUUCAGCACGGUUCACUAUAAAGAGAAAAUUGGGAUGGUCACAGCAGUCGGUCUUACUCCGGAGAUGGAAAGAGUUAAAAGGAACCAAGAAAAUAUUAGCUCGGUGAAGUACAGCAGUGAUUUACAGCAACAGAAAGGUAGACCUAGUGUCAUUCUAGAUACACCAGAAUUGAGACACGUGAAAGAGGCACAAAACAAAAUAUCCAUGAUAAAAUACCAUGAAGAUUUUGAGAAGACAAAAGGCAGAGGUUUCACCCCAGUUGUAGAUGAUCCAGUGUUGGAGCGAGCAAGAAAAAACACACAGAUUGUCAGUGAUGCUGCCUAUAAGGGAGUUCAUCCUCAUGUAGUGGAAAUGGACAGGAGACCGGGGGCAAUUGUUGACCUUAAAGUUUGGCGCACUGAUCCAGGCUCCAUCUUCGACAUAGACCCACUUGAGGACAAUAUUCAGUCUCGGAGCCUCCGUAUGUUAACGGAUAGAGCAAGCCUCGGCACCAGGCACUCCUGUCACUCUGCUGGCCCGGCUGUAUUGAGUCAGGGUGAUGACAGGUCAGAGAUGUCUGAGAUGAAUCCUAGUUUCUCUUACUGCAGUGAGGGAACAAGGGCAUCUGAUGAAAGAGCUCCAGUGCUUCCUGGCGCAUACCACACCUCUCCAACUCAAGGCUAUGGGUACAUGCAGCCUACAAGUAUGUCCUCUAUGAGGUCAAUGCACUCUCCAAAUGCACAUUCUCCUUCACAGAGCCUGAGAACAUACAGAGCCAUGUACGACUACAGCGCUCAAGAUGAAGACGAAGUUUCCUUUAGGGACGGUGACUAUGUUGUUAACGUGCAGCCCAUUGAUGAAGGAUGGAUGUAUGGAACUGUGCAAAGAACAGGGAAGACGGGAAUGCUUCCAGCCAAUUACAUCGAGCCAGUUAACUGAGAGCCGUGCCUUGCCGCACGUUCCGACACCGAGCAGCGCUUUUAUUUGUGAGGAUCAUGAAUUGUUUAUUGACGAUCAUUGUUUUAAAACUCUCAAAAUUAUCUUUAAGCUUACAUGCUUAUUUUUUAAGCACUAGCAUAAAAUUCUAGGACAAACGUUCAAAUGGCGGCAUAAAAAUCGUACAAAAAAAAGCACUUAGAUUAAAGCUGUGCUGCUUAUAAACCCGUGAGAAGCGGACCUAAAAAAAAAAAAAAAAAAGACAAAUACCUGUAGCUGUAGCGGAGUGUUCUACUGAAUUAUUUAAUGGGAUUUUAGAGGAUUUUUAUUUCUUCCAAACAGAAAUACUAUCCUACUUUUAACUCAGAGGGCUGUUAUGUGCUGACAAUCGUGAUUAUAGCAGAGGCAUCAUAUAAACGGGAAAGCAUUGAUAACCUUAUCCUGCGGCUUUUGCUACGUUCUGAUCUAUUUGCUAAGUGUGCAUCAUUUAACACGUCACUGCUAUUACAAGGAAUAUAACCUCUCAAUUAUUUUACUUUAAUUAAAUUUUAAGGAAAA